AUGAAUCAAACAACAACAGGUCAUGUCACUUCCUCUCCAUCGUCGGACCCAGAAGGUUCCAUGAUGAGCUUUGAGCAUGUUCCGUCAUCAGUAGCAAUGAAUACAAAUUAUGUGGAACCAUCUUUUGAACAAUUUGAGCAAUAUUUCAAUUUUAUUCCGAAAAUGAUGGCCGUUCUUGAAGAAUUACCAAAGGGUGAAGAGUCUGUAAUUUUAAAAGUUAAAGAUUUAUAUGAUUCCAUGAAGGGAGCCGAAAUUUUUCUCAACUCUCUCGAAGGGGCUGAUCUUACAAUGGAUCAACAAAAAAAAAUUUAUUCUGACAAUCUUGUGAAAAUCAAAGAAAAAUCUGAGCUUAUCGAGAAAUAUAAAACUCUUGAAGUGUUCACUAAUCUUCAUAAAUUAGAAGAAGAUUCUUCGAAUGUUGCAACCAUCGAAAAUCAGGAACAAAAAUAA